CACGACCAUGCCGGUUCCUGUGCAAUCCUUCUAUUGCAAUGGCAGAGCGAAGUAGCUGGUGUGUGGUGUUGAGUGAACGAAGAGGGGAGCUCAGGUUGAUGAACGAAAGUCUAGAUUGAUCUAUGCCCGGUCUCAAUUCAUAAGGAAGCUGACGCCAGCUCUUUAUCUGCAUCUGUCUGUUUCUCUGUUUGUCGUCCUCUUAUCCACCUCGCACGCUUUCUACUGCUAGAAAGCAACUACUCCCACCAAGAUGCCUCGUGGUCCCAAUAAGAAUCCCAACCCCGUUCCCUCCUCGUCCUCGUCUUCUGCUAAGCAAACCGACCAGAAAGAUUUAGAGCGGCUCAUCAAGAAUUACCACAUCGAGGACAGUGGCUUAACGGAUUUCAUCGGCGUGGAGCCGCAGUACCUGGAGCAGGACCAAAACACAGCAAACACCCCUGGAGGAGGAACACGAACUCGUCGGAACAGCAACGCCUUCAACGACGACGAUUUCGGGAAUGAGUCGUCCUUUCUCGAGUUCCAGCGGCGGCUUGCUGCGGCCGGCGGCCACCACGACUUCUUCGAGGAGAACCGUUUCAGGCGAAGCGCGGAGCCGACGCAGGGGGAGAUGGCGACUUUUCUGACGUUCGUCAAAGGAUUCGUCGGGAUCGGGAUUUUGUCGCUACCGUACGCGAUGAGCUGCGGCGGCUACAUCGGCGGGCCGGUCGGGCUCACGGGCCUGGCCUACAUGGCGUACCGGUGCAUGAUGAAGUUGUUGGAAGCGACGGCGAUCAUAAACGAACGGAUUGUGAAUGACUGGAAGAUGAAAACUGUGGUCGAGAGUUACAGCAGUCCGGGAGGUGUGGCUGGGGCUACUUCUUUGCAGAAAAACGACCCUUCGCCGUCGAGGAAUUAUGGUGUUACAGAUGAAAAACCACCAAAACAACCCGAGCUCGUCCGCACAUUCGGCGAUGUCGGCAAGUACAUUAUGGGGAAAACGGGGAAGUCGCUGAUCAACGUUUCUAUCAUCGUGACGCAAGCCGGUUUCGGCAUCGCGUAUCUGAUCUUCAUCCCCGAAAACAUCCAGAAAGUGCUGUGCUACGAGACAAAACAAACUGUCUGUCCGUCGACAACCAGCAUUACGAUGUGCGUGGUGCUGUUUCUCUUCCCCUUCGUCUUCCUGCAGAAUAUGAAAACGCUCGUGAUCCCGACUCUGCUCGCGAACUUCUCGUUGCUGGUCGGCAUCGGGUGGGGCUACUUAAACGCGUUCGGUUGGACACCAGAAGCGAGGAUGGGCGCAGACGAAAUCGGGGAGGCUGCUUUGCCCGAGGGGGAUGGACGAAGUAAAGCUUUGGUGUUGAGAAGAUUGCUUUUUGGAGGACAGAAUGCAGCAGGGGGUAGCAUUGGUUUCUCUAGUACUUCUGUCCCAGGCGAACAAGCUACCAGUGCCAGUGCGUUGUUUUCCGGGAUCCAACUAGAAGGAGCCGCAGCAACAGCUGCUGCAGCAGCUCUGCCAGCAGCUGCAGCGCCAGCGGUCCCCAUCUACGCCAUCGCUUCCACCGGUCUCGCGAUCCUGCAGGACUUGGCCAAACGAGCGCUGCAAUUGUCACCGGCUGGGCAGAAAGAGGUCGCAAAUCUCCUGAUCAACGCCCACGACCCAACAAAAGCGAGCACUGCGCAAGGCCACACGGUGGCGGUCGGGUUUCCGAAUUUUGGCACGCCAACCGUAACGACAACAACCACGCCGCGAAGUGCAAGUUCGUCGGUUUCAGCUGCGGAAGAUCAGACUACGGCUGCAGCUAUUCCUGUUGGCCCAACACAGCAACAGUCAGCAACUGCAUCAGCCACCACAACGCUCACUCCCCACGCGAUCGUGGAAAAUGCAAUCCAGACUCAUGUGAACUACACAAACAGCCUGGUGGCGAACAUGACAACAGCAAUAGCUGAGUUGUGGUCCACUUCCACCCUGCCUCCGCCGACAACUACCACUACCUCAACAACACAUCUCAACCCCGCUGCCGCAGAGCACCUGUCGAAGAAGAAGAAGGACCAAAUUACGAAAAAAGAGAAGGAGGAAUUAGAAAAAGUCCGGCCGCCGUCUUUAGUCGCUUUCAACUUCGCGCAAUACCCGAUUUUCUUCGGGAUCGCGGUUUUCGCCUUCGAAGGGAUAGGCCUACUCCUUCCCUGUCAGCGGGCCAUGGCGAAGCCGGAAAACAUGCCGCGAGUGGUGACCAGGUGCAUGCUGUUCUUGACGAUCUUGUUUGUCAGCUUCGGGCUGUUCUGCUACUUGCGGUGGGGCGGCGCGCCGAGUGUGGAUGACGGAGCGCAUGGCGAUUUGAGCCAUUUGCGGAAGUUGUUUGCUGAGAUGACAGGUGGGUUGUUUACACGAACAGCAGGGGGAGAUGGAGUUGUGAUGAAGAAGAUGGGAGAUUCUGUACUAGCGGGUCCAAGUGGAGUUUUGGAGGAUGUUCACUACGGGACAGCAAGUUCUCGUGCGUUGUCCGCAGCUGCAGCCGUCCCUUCUUCCACCGCAGCGCCUGCAAUGGUAGCCGCUGCUGCUGCAGUAGCAAUGACUACAACUGCACCUCCGCCGUCUCCAGCCGCUGUAGAUCCAUCACAAAUCAACGCUCCCUCCUCGCAAAAGACUACAGCGGCGUCGGAAACAACAGCUGCACAAGUUGAACCCCAACCUACGCACUCUUCCUCCAAACACCCCCAUGCGGAGAUCGACACUGCGGAGGAAACGAUCGGCGUGCAGCCGAUGGUGACUUUUAACUACCCGGAGUCCACCAUCACCUCCUUCGUGAUCCUGUUCUACGUGCUCGGGAUCUUUUUCAGUUUCCCGGUCAUUAUGUUCCCGGUCUUCACGCUACUCGAGAACUCCGUCUUCAUCCGGAGCCAGUGCUGCCUCCCGCACAGAAGGGUGAUCAAAAAGAUCGGGAAGAAAAUCGUGGAUUGUUUGUUCGGCGGGGAGGAAAAAUUCCGCAGUUGGUACUACUCUUUCGAAGACGACGAGGACGAUUUUCUCGACGACGAUGGGGAAGGUUUUCAAUUUGAAGACGAAGAGGAGUUUUACGGAGAGGGAGUAAGUGGAAAUGCAGCGGACGACGAUGACGAGAUGAACAACAACACCGCUGGAGCGACUGUGAUCGGGAGUAUGAGGACCAGAAGAAGUAGAGACGGAAAUAAGACUGUAGACGCAGACACGUUUGCCAUUGAGGACGAGGAAGACGAUGAGCAAGAUCCUCCAGAAGUGCUCGGAAGUAGUAGCACUAGGAAGAGCAGAAGUAGCCCUGCUGAGAAGGAUCAUGAGACGAGCAACAAGCGAGUGAGCACCACUCCGGAGUCGAAAUCUCUGGAGUUGAGUGAAGUGUCGCUAUCCUCAACUUCUUCUAACGCACGAACACCGGCAAAAAAGGUCGUGCUGGGGCAGCUCCAGGACGACGAACUGCCAGACGACUUUCACACCCCAAAUGAUCCGAAUUUUGACAAAAAAAAUCAUUCUCCCGCCGUUCGCCUGAGCACCAUGAGUGCGACGAGUUCCGCUUUUCAAGUAGAAGGACAAUCGAACAACGCAACGGGCCGGCGGUCGAGUCGCAGGUCGAGCAUGAAUGCGAACAACCAGGUGCCUUUUCUGAACAUCUACGAGAAGUGCUUUCUCCGCGUGAUUGUCACGAUAUUAUCCGCUUUGACCGCAAGUACCAUUCCCCACUUCGGCCUGUUCUUGAGUCUGCUCGGGUCAAUCACCUGCAACCUACUCGCCUUCAUUUUACCGGCCUACUUCCAUUACUACAUGACGGUGUCGGACGUCAUGAAAAGAAGGGAGAGCAUGCGGAACAGCAGUCUCGCAUUGCCUUCGUCGGGAAUUGCCGGGGGAUUUGGAAGUGGUGGCGCUGGGGGAGGUGGUGGUGGGCAGCAGUUGAUGAGUUUUGAGACCACACCAAGAGAAGACGUGUUUUACGCGGUGUUUGGAAUUAUUGCGGGACUUUGGUCCUUUGGCGUUACCAUUGCGGAGUUUUUCUGAAAAUGGAUGCAUUUCGAUUUCUUGUACGAGAUAACUUAUUCAU